CGUUGUAGCUUUCCCUCCGGGUUGUGCAAUGUAGUUGCCUGCCUGCCUGCCUCUGCCGAUUAAUUUAUUAUUAUUUUUUAAAAACAUUGUGGCCAGGAAGGAGGGGAAGAAAAGGAAGGGGAAAAUUAAAAUAAAAGGCAACAGCCCAAUAGGAUUGCAACAGUCAGUUGACCAAGGGGGAAGAACUUUAGCUGAGAGGUACUGAGAUUGUACCUUGAUUAUAUUUUUGCAAGGUUUUUUUCCCCUCCUCUUUUAUUUGGGGAGGGGGGGUUAAAUUUUUUUUGGAAGGGGUCCGUUAAGUACCUCUCAAACUCCUUGCUUAUUCGUCCUUCUCUUGGAGAUCGGCUGGUUUGGGAGGGGGGGAGCCAGAGAGGAAGGAAAGAGAAUAAUAAAAACAAGAGGUGUUUUAAACGGCACAAAUUUCUGACACUGUUGGAGUGACACAGAUGAAGCAGGAUAUCAUGAACUGAAGAAGAGAGCCCAGACUUUUUUGGUUUUGUUUUUGUAAUUUUCUACUUUCUUUAAAAAAAAAGAAAAGAAAGAGAACAUUUUUAAUGACCACGCCUUGAAAAACAAGGGUUUUCUUUUUUUUAAUUUUUGGAAAUUAAAACAAUUCUCCUCAUACCGUGAGGAUCUCCGCAGAACAUGGGGAGGAAAAAGAUCCAGAUCCAGAGGAUCACGGACGAAAGGAACCGGCAGGUGACGUUCACCAAACGGAAGUUUGGGUUGAUGAAGAAAGCCUAUGAACUCAGCGUCCUGUGUGACUGUGAGAUUGCCCUGAUCAUUUUCAACCAUUCGAACAAACUGUUCCAGUACGCUAGCACAGACAUGGACAAGGUGCUUCUGAAGUACACAGAGUACAAUGAACCCCACGAGAGCCGGACCAACGCAGACAUAAUUGAGACAUUAAGAAAGAAAGGUUUUAACGGCUGUGAUAGCCCGGAACCCGACGGGGAUGACUCCAUUGACCAGAGCCCACUGAUGGAGGACAAAUACCGCAAAGCCAGCGAGGAUCUUGAUAUUCUGUUCAAGCGCUACGGCUCUGCUGUCCCAGCACCCAAUUUUGCCAUGCCCGUGACGGUUCCAGUGACCAACCAGAACACACUGCAGUUCAGCAACCCAGGAGGCUCCUUGGUGACUCAGUCUCUGGUGACCUCCUCGUUGACUGACCCACGGCUCCUGUCGCCGCAGCAACCGGCUCUCCAGCGGAACACUGUUUCUCCAGGCCUGCCACAGCGACCAGCCAGUGCUGGGGCAAUGCUUGGAGGAGACUUGAACAACACAAACGGCGCCUGCCCAAGCCCUGUGGGGAAUGGUUAUGUCAGUGCCAGAGCCUCCCCUGGUCUCCUCCCUGUGUCCAACGGCAACAGCUUGGGCAAGGUCAUCCCUGCAAAAUCGCCACCUCCUCCUCCACCGCCGUCCCACAGCACCCAGUUGGCUGCCAACAACCGCAAACCAGACUUGCGUGUCAUCACCUCACAGAGCGGGAAGGGACUCAUGCAUCAUUUGACAGAGGAUCAUUUGGAUUUGCAGAACACUCAGAGGCUUGUUGUGUCACAAGCGACCCAUUCUUUGACCACACCAGUUGUUUCGGUGGCUACUCCAAGUCUCCUGACACAGGGCUUGCCCUUCUCGGCCAUGCCCACGGCUUACAACACAGACUAUCAGCUGACCAGUGCAGAGCUGUCAUCCCUCCCUGCUUUCAGUUCACCUGGAGGACUGUCUCUUGGCAACAUCUCUGCUUGGCAACAGCAGCAGCAGCAGCAACAACAACAGCAACAGCAGCAACAGCAACAGCAGCAUCUUGUUCCCGUAUCGCUAAGUAACUUAAUACAAGGAAGCCACUUGUCUCAUGCCACCACAUUGACCGUCAAUACCAACCCAAACAUCAGUAUCAAGUCGGAGCCCGUCUCGCCCAACCGGGAACGCAAUACAGCCACGCCGCUCUCCUCCUUUCCUCACCAGGCCCGCCACGAGCCUACGGGACGUUCGCCCGUCGACAGCCUCAGCAGCAACGCCAGCUCCUAUGAGGGCAAUGAGCGGGAAGACCAGUCCCGGGCUGAUUUCAGCUCCUCUCUUGGCCUCUUGAGACCCACCACCGAGGCCGAGGGGGAGAACCCGUCCGUAAAACGUAUGCGCCUGGACGCUUGGGUAACAUAACUGCCUCCCCCUGUGGCCCGGCUCCCUCCUCCUCCCAGGGCUGCUUUUGGCUCUCACGUUAUAUUGUGUGCGUGGGGGGGGGAGGGAGUUGGGGGGAACG